AUUGUCGCCGCCGCCGCGCUCGCAAUAGCGCUACCGCCUUAAAGGGGCCGCGCCAGCGAAUCGCCCAUCAAGACCGGGUGGGGCCCACCUCUCCGUCACCGCGCCCAGCCCGACCCACGCCGCCACCAUGAGGGAGAUCGUCCACAUCCAGGCGGGCCAGUGCGGCAACCAGAUCGGGGCUAAGUUCUGGGAGGUGAUCAGCGACGAACACGGCAUCGACCCCACUGGCACUUACCAUGGUGACAGCGACCUCCAGCUCGACCGCAUCAGCGUCUACUACAACGAGGCCACCGGGGGUAAGUACGUGCCAAGGGCCAUCUUGGUGGACCUGGAGCCAGGCACCAUGGACUCAGUGCGCUCGGGACCCUUCGGGCAGAUCUUCCGGCCGGACAACUUUGUUUUCGGCCAGAGUGGCGCAGGCAACAACUGGGCCAAGGGUCACUACACGGAAGGGGCCGAACUGGUGGACUCGGUCCUGGACGUGGUGAGGAAGGAAGCGGAGAGCUGCGACUGCCUGCAGGGCUUCCAGCUGACCCAUUCGCUGGGUGGUGGCACCGGCUCCGGCAUGGGGACCCUCCUGAUCUCCAAAAUCCGUGAGGAAUACCCCGAUCGCAUCAUGAACACCUUCAGCGUCGUCCCAUCCCCCAAGGUGUCAGACACGGUGGUGGAACCCUACAACGCCACCCUGUCUGUCCACCAGCUGGUGGAGAACACGGAUGAGACCUACUGCAUCGACAACGAAGCCCUGUAUGACAUCUGCUUCCGCACCCUGAAGCUGACCACUCCCACCUACGGUGACCUCAACCACCUCGUUUCGGCCACCAUGAGCGGUGUCACCACCUGCCUCCGUUUCCCCGGUCAACUCAAUGCUGAUCUCCGCAAGUUGGCCGUCAACAUGGUGCCCUUCCCGCGUCUCCACUUCUUCAUGCCCGGCUUCGCCCCUUUGACGUCGCGCGGCAGCCAGCAGUACCGCGCCCUCACCGUCCCCGAGCUCACCCAGCAGGUCUUCGACGCCAAAAACAUGAUGGCCGCCUGCGAUCCCCGUCACGGCCGUUACCUCACGGUGGCCGCCGUCUUCCGAGGUCGCAUGUCCAUGAAGGAGGUGGACGAGCAGAUGCUCAACGUUCAGAACAAGAACAGCUCUUACUUCGUCGAGUGGAUCCCCAACAACGUGAAGACGGCCGUCUGUGACAUACCUCCGCGUGGUCUCAAGAUGGCUGUCACCUUCAUCGGCAACAGCACGGCCAUCCAGGAGCUCUUCAAGCGUAUCUCGGAGCAGUUCACGGCCAUGUUCCGGCGCAAGGCCUUCCUCCACUGGUACACGGGCGAGGGGAUGGACGAGAUGGAGUUCACCGAAGCAGAGAGCAACAUGAACGACCUUGUCUCGGAGUACCAGCAGUACCAGGAUGCCACCGCUGAGGAGGAGGAGGAUUUCGGUGAAGAGGCCGAAGAGGAGGCCUGAGGGCUGGUCGUCCUAGGAGAGCCCCUCGGCCUUUGCUGUCAUUGUCAUCCUCGGAGAGCCCUCGUCCUUCAGCAUUGUCCUUGGAGAGCCCUUGUCC